AUAAAUACGUAGCCCGUGCCGAGACGGCGUUUGUUUACAACGCCGUGAUGAUGAUUCACGCCGGGAAGGUGGAAUCGACUGCUUGCCUGCCUGCUGCCCUCGUAGCAACACGGUGCUCGCGAUGCGUCAUCCUUUCAAUCCAGCGCGCACAACACUGUAGACGCACACACAAGAAAAGCGCGAGGAUCGGUUUCACAGCGACGGGCGUCACUCAACGAAGGAGGCGUCAACGUCGCGUGCUGUGAUGGCUGUGUUGCGAUUUGACUACCCUCUACUGCACCGCGACGAGCAAUGGAAACGCGCCGCUCAAGCUACAACGACGCUUGCAAACGGAAACUCGGCUUUCAACAGCAAGUGGAAAUGAGCCAGUACCAGCCUGCCGCGGGUGGCGAGUUACCGGAGGCGUUUCAAUAUCGGCUCCAGCGCAACCUGAGGGCCGUCGGAGGUGGAGGCCGUUCUGACGCACCAUCCGCUCCUUUGGGCCGGUACUGCGUAUUUGUGGCCGCCGGCAUGUUAGCCACCGCCCUGGUCACCAUACUCGUGACCUUGUACGUCGCCACGGUCUGGACCAUGCACAUCGAUGAAGACGAGACCUACGGUCCUGGGGACAGCUACGACGGCGGUGGCUCGUCCGAACCAGUGUUGCCCGUCUACUAUGAAAAGUCGACGCCCGGUCCCCGUAUGGUGCACCUGCCUACGUCGCUGCGAAAGGUGCUGAACCCGAACGACCCUCGGUACACGGACCCCCACCAUCAGACGGUGUGCGUGUUCCACGCGGACGCCGUGGGGCUCACGGUGCGCAGCAAGAGUCUCGGGGCCAGCGUCGCCUUCAAGUUGUCCUACUUCCCGUUCGCGCUGUGUCGCGUGGUGCUGUUCUGCUGCCCUUCGCUGGCCGCCAACCUGGAACCCGGGCCCGAGCACCCGGAGCAGCUGAUGCGCAGAUUCGUGGUCAGCGCGCAGGGAAACCGGUUCCUGAGCGCCUUCGUCAUGCUCGGCAAUGGCUCUUCGGCUAGCGAGCCGCAGUUCAAUAAGCUGCUCGACGAUCUCGAGGCGCAGAGCCUGGAUAACGUCGUGGGCACCUGGUACAAGGAGCGUGGGUAUGCCGGUGUGGUCCUUCGCUGGCCGGAGACCGCCUCGGACGAGAGCUGGAAGCGCAUGCCUAAGCUGCUGGCCUGGCUGAAGCAGACGCUGUCGCAGUCGGUAGGCCUCAAACUGGGCGUUGCGCUGCGCCAGGACGCCGUGGGGCCGGACUUCACGCAGCUGGCGUCCAGUCUUGGACCGGUCUCGCUGUUCCUCCUGCCACCCGACAUGCCAGCCAGCAAGUACCAAGGACAGACGAUCAGGUACUUCAGCGAGGCAACAUUGACCCAGCUACGGCAGUUCUACACCGACUACAUUGAGCCUGGCGGUACAAAUGACACUGCACUCGCUAAAAGCGCCUGUUACCUGCUACCCGCCGACGCCUACACCUUUAAGGUGGCGCCGAGGCCCAACCUUACGCCCAGACCCGUCGAGCAAUCCCUGGGUCCAGGUGCGGAGGGCAGCACGACCCGAAUGGCCGGACGCAUGGCUUACUUCGAGUCGUGCCGGUUCGCACCCGCGUCCAGCAAGCUCACGUUGCGGUACGGCGUGGUCGCGACGCAGCUGGACAACUGGGUGUCUUACACCGAGCCUCCGCAGCUCGGCAACUUCCUGGACAACCUCCACGACAACAUGUCUGCCACCUGUAUGGGCCUGUGGAAUCCGCAGUUUGACGACUUCGGGGAGCUGUGCGGUGCCCAAACGUACCCUCUCGCGAGCACAGUGUUUCGGCGCUACAACGACACCCAUUAAUGCGCGUCGUUGUUGGUGAUCUCUUCGACGUUAGUGGAGAGCCCAUCGACGUCAUAUGAGGACUAUUUGACGUCAUCGAAGAGCUCGCAUACAAAGCCUGGUGGCUUUUGACAAGCGCUGCGAGCUGAAGUUGUGCAAAUGGGCGACCUGUCGUUACGCGAUUGGUCUUACGUAACAUUUAACCUUUCACAGAUUGUAUCACGUGAUUGUGAUUAACACUUAUGUCACAGAUUACAUAAUCGCUUUUAUUUACUCUAGCGGUGGCAAGCCUGCAUGCUCGCUUCCACGGAGGCGGUCUCAUUACUUAGGUAUAUAUUCUUGUGCACAGUGUGCAGGAAACGUAAAAAAAAAGAAGAAAAGAAAAACGUAAUGCACGUUUGAUCUUCGCCUUCAAGAGUAGAACGCGAUAGCGUAAUCGAACCCCGUGCGCACCGCAUUCUCAACUGCAAGCCUGGUUUCGGUUCUCGGUGCAUGCCUCAACCGUGCCGCAAGGUAACGAAUG